GAAACCUCCAAUAAAGCAUACAGAGUUCUGAAGAAAGCUGUUGCAUGGUUCCCAGACCAGUGGGAUCUUCCGAGGCUCAAAGGAAAAAUCCUCCUACUUCAAAGGCAAAACCUCUGCCUAUAACCCAGCAGGGUCGCUGGAGAUAAUAACAGCCGGAGACCCGUGCAGCCUAGCAACAUCUCGAUCUCCCCGGGGCGCACAGAGGCAAGGCGACGGCUCAGAAAAUGGCUCUAGAUAUCGUCGGUGUGGCCCCUCUCUACCAGGGCCCCGACAUCAACAGAAUGAGGCUGACGGCAGAGCCAUCCCAGAAGCCAGCCUCCCUGCUAAAACCCUUGGUCCCCUCUAAGUCCAAACUCACCACCAUUGAGACCAAGAGGAUCAUGUCCGUCCUGGAUGAGACCAUCCACAAGGUGGAGUUGGUGACCCUGCUGUCCUAUGUGGGGGCCAAUUACGAGACUCUGGAGAGGAUGCUUGGGGGGGACAUCAUAAAGGCCGUGAGAGAGCACGAGGAUCUCUGCCACAGCCUCCUGGACAGCGUCAUUUACCUGCAGGAUAAAGAAAGGCGAUUGCAGGAGGAGGAAGAGUGUGAGGAGGAAGGGUGGUUCAGAGACCGCCUCUUCUCCAUAGAGAGGCAGAAAUCCCACCUCCUGCCCUUGAUGCACCAGAUCAAAGAAUCCACCAAGGACAUCCUGAGACUCUUACUCAAUAACCCACAGGCUGCGAGCCUUGCACAGACGCACACCCUGAGCAGAAGCGUCGAAGCGCAGAAUUUCAUUGAUUGCCUGAUGGAACUGCGGGGUUUCCUGUUCGAGAAGCUACUCACUAGUCCCGUGGAAGCUAGAGACAAAAGUCAGUUCAUACAGGACAUCGACAGACGGAACAAGAGGAACCAAGAAAUCAUCAACACUCUUGAAGAUGAGUUGGCAGCAAUCACGCAGAACAGGGAAGCAGAGGUGGAGAAAGAAAACUUUGUGAUCCAAGAACUGAAAAACCACCUGCACCAGGUGCUCAGGCUCUCGGAGAACAGCCUCCUUCGCACCAAGCAGGAGGCCGAGAAGCAGCAGAAGGCCGACUUCCGGGCCUCGCAGGCCAGGGUGGCCAAGAUCCAGCAGGAGUUACUGACCCUGAGGUCCCAAUACCACAACCUGGUGACGGAAAACCGGGAGGCAGAGCAGGCGCUGCGGAAGAAGAAAUAUAAAGUGGAGACGGAAAUCGAGAACUGGAUCCAGAAGUACGAUAUGGAGAUGGGUGAGAAGCAGGAAGAGUACGAGGAGCUUGACAUCAUCCACAAGGAGGAGAAGAUCCAGCUGGAGGAGCUGAAGCAGAAGCACAGUGUACUGGUGGAGGAGUUCUCCCAGAUCCGGGCCGAGCAGGAGGUCAAUGCCAAGAAGAGAAUCGAGGCGGAGCAGGAGAUGCUGCGCAUGGUGCGGGCCGCCACACUCAUCCAGGCUUUGUGGAAGGGCUACCUGGUCCGCUCCAUGCUCAAGUCCAGGAAGAAGAAGCGGAGCAAGAGCAAAGGGAGGGUCAAGAAGGGGAAGGGCAAGGGCAAGGGCAAGAAAUGAGUCUCCCCUUGGGGCCCCCGCUCCUGGCCUGUGCCACUGGGCUGCUCACUUCCCGGAGAGCAGGCCAGGAGGCCACAAGGGGGGGGGGGGAAGCUUGCCAUUCCUGGCUUGAACGGUUUUCUAAAGUUAAAAGCCAUUUUAAACCACAUCCUCUAUAAAUAAACCUCACUUUGCCAGAGCUGUUGGCU